AUGGUUGAAGAAGAAUGGUAUGAAACUACUAGAAUGGUUCCGAAACAUACGGAAAAACAAAACGUAGAAAAAGUUUACUCGCAUACUCACCCUUUUAUAAGAUAUUUUAUCAGACAAAGUAUUAAAGGAGGAAGAGUUUCGGCAAAUCGAAAAUCAUUUGAAACGGAUAAAAUGAAUGAGAUCUGCGCCAUAUUAAAAGAAUACAAUGAAAGUGACACUGAAGGAAUAAUAGAUUUAUUCAAAGAAUACAGUGUUAACCCAAAUGAUAAAACGGAAGUUCACGCUAAACUCAAAGAACUGGACUAUUCUAAACUGAUGGCAUUUGACGCUAAUGGGUUGUACGCUUCCGCCAUGACAGAAGGUGAAUAUCCUAAAGCGGAAAGUGCAAGAGCGUUUCUACCAGAAGAAGAAAAAGAAUUUGUAAAACUCUUCAAUAAACAAAAAUUCAGACCUAGAACUGCUAUUUUAAAAGUCUGGUUUGAAUAUCCCAAAAACAUGUUCUUUCAACCCAUACCAGCUAAAAAUAAAAUAACUUUUACGAAUAGAAUAGGUAAGAAGGAAACUGGCACUAAAAUCAGAUUCAGAAAUGGUUUCUGUCACGUUUUAACAUCGGUUGAUAUUCAAGAAAUAGUGAAAUCAGGUGGUAAACUUAUUAGAAUAUUAGAUUGUAUGGUAUACGAAGAAAAUUUUAAAACUCCACCAUACAGAGAUUAUAUUUUAAUUUUGAAGGAAUUAAGGAAUAAGUACAAAAAAGAAGGAGAUAUGGUUGCUAGUAAUUGCAUGAAAUUAUUAGGUAAUUCCUUAUACGGUAAAUCUAUUCAGAAGGAUAUAAAUACAUCGAGACAUCUAUGGAGUGAAUCGACUUUUAAAGCCAACUUCGAUUCACACGUCAAAAGCUAUGAAAAAGUAAAUGAUAGUCAAUAUAUAGUUGAGAUCAAUGAAGAAGAAAAAGAGUUUGUUCCUCCAAAGGAUUUACUAGAUUAA